AUGGUUCCUUGGAUUCCUUUGCUGGUCAUUGUUUACUUCAUUCGCGCAGCUGAGUUUUCACUUCUACAGCUCAUCGUUAUCUUAGUUUCAGGAAGCGAAGCAGCGAAAUACGAAAGUGCACCGUUGGUAGGCAGUGGUUCUUCCGAUUAUGCGGUCCAAAAAAAUAUAAGUCACGCAAAUUUGUCUCUGCCGUUAAGCGGUUACGAUGGCCGUCCUCUUCAUCAAAUACGACGCAAUCCAGAAGCAAUCAGUGUGAUCCGAGAAGAAAGCGCAGUAGCUGCAAAAAAUUUCGAGAAAAGUCGCCUGCCAAAGAUGCCUUCCAGCUCGGCUGGCAAAAAAAGGUGCGGAUCCUGGCUGAGCAAAAUCAAACCUACAAGAAAGCAGUGCUAG